UUCGACUGUCAAGAGUGUAGCCUACCUGGUCAGCAUUACGUGAUAACAAAAUAAACUGCAUGACAAGUGAGAAUGCCUUCGAGAAAGCGUAUCAAAAUUAAAAGGAAAGCUCAAUCUAAAUCAGAAGAUCGUUCAAGAAUAAUUGAAUGUGUCGAGGACCAGGACGAGGAGCCAAGGGCGACAGACCAUUCGCUUGAGCAGCACAAUGUAAAAAACGUGUCCAAUGGUCCCGACAGUAAAUCCAAAACUGGCGGAGAGAAAUGUUCUAAAGAAGUUCACUUCGCUUUCCUUCCAGACAAAUACGAACAGCUUAAAGAGGAAAUUGACACCAGUAAAGUAAAGUCAAAUGAAGAGGAAUUUGAGAAAAGACGGCAGAAGUACAAACAAAUCCGAAAGAAUGUGGGGAAGGCGGUGCGGUUCAGCUGGAAGUGUCUGGUCGUGGGCCUGCAGACUUUCGCCUCCGUCUACUCCACCCCUCUGUCUGCUGCCUCCACCAUCAUCCCAGAGAUGAACCGCGCCCACCCAAGAUCCUGAUGGGUCGCCGACUGGACCCCUGGGAUCCAGCAUGGCUUCACCGACCAGGAGAAGCACUGAGGUGAAGACUGGCUGAAGACUGUCUGGAUUCUAAUAAUUUCUUAUUCAACGUGCUUUGCGGCUGGCUGCUAAUCAUAUUUACUUUCCCCAGUGUCUUUUCAGAUGCUGACCAAACCAGUUUGUGUGUGUGUGUGUGUGUGUGUGUGUGUGUGUGUGGCAUGCUGUACUAACAUGACGCAUCAGUGUGCAUGCCAAAUUGGCAGGGGAGUGCAUGAAUCAGAUAGUAUUUAGAAGGAGCCUGAGCGGUGAUCGGUAAACAAUCUGGAGUGGUUUAAAGAGAGCAGUCAGAUGCACUCUGCUUUAUGUGGAUGGUUACCUGGGUAUUUGAAAAGGCCGUGGGAUAUAUGGGGCUGUGGUCUGCCAAGUUGGGUUUUGAAAGUCUACGCACCUGUGCCACGGUCUGAUUUACGACGGGGCUGUUGCACAUUCUAACGAUGGGAGAGUGGUCAUUAGACCUAUCAUACGGCCAGAUGUUUUGAUAGGACAAGUAAGUUGUGCUCGGGGGGGUACGUGGAUGUUGAAUCGCAAAACGGCGGAGAGGCCCAUAUAGGGUUAGCAGACGUGACUUGAGUAGAGGGAUGGUGGGAAAGGAAGCAUGUAAACUGCACAAUAAGAUUGAGAUGGCAAUGAAAUGAAGAUAUGAAACUAAAAGAUAGGCCCAGCGUGGACAUAAUAUAUGCUAUCCUCUGAUAUAUAUGUAUGACUGAGUCAUUUGCACUGUUAAUGAGUCAUUUGUACAGAAGUGUAAAUAUGUAUAAUUAUUUUUCUAAAAUGUAAUGAAGUGGUGUUAAUUUUUUUAUUUUCAAGAUAUGAACUAAAAAUCUAAAUCUAUAUGGAGAUUUUUGUUUUUGAAUAUACAGAUGUUGAUCCCUUUUUGACUGAAACAACAUGCAGUAAAAAACUCUUGGAACCACAAAACAUG